AUGAAGUCAACAAUCACUACCAUUGCUACAACACCAUCCCUCACAACAACAGAAUCAACAUCAUCAUCAUCAACGAUAAUUACGACUACAACUCAGCAGUCUAGAUGGUCUUAUACUGGUAGCAUGAAUUAUGAACGAGAAGACCAUACAUCAUGCGUAUUAACAGAUGGAAAAGUACUAGUUGCCGGUGGACGGAAUGAUACUGGUCCUUUGAAUACUGUUGAGCUAUAUGAUCCAUCAACAGGAUUUUGGACAAUGACUGGUAGCAUGAAUAUUGCACGAGCAGAACACGCAGUCUCCGCAUUAACAAAUGGAAAGGUGUUAGUUACUGGGAGUGACAACAAUAUCGAUAUUCUAAAUAGUACUGAGCUAUACGAUCCAUCAACAGCAACUUGGACAAUGACUAGUAGUAUGAAUACUGCACGAAAAGAACACACAGCCUCCGUAUUAACAAAUGGAAAGAUAUUAGUUACUGGUGGAUACGAUGAUAAAAUAUAG